UGAAGAGACUGUUUUGCAGGGAGGGAAAGGGCAAUUCUUCUUUCCAAGCACCAUCUCCUCUCGGAGUUUUUGAUAGAACGUUGUGGUUCUUGUGUCUUACUGUUUGGAAUAUUUUCCUGACAUUCCUUGGUCGUUCGAGCCCACGGUCUGGGACUGUGAUAAAGACCUGUACGAUGAAUUCCGUGCUGGCCGCGACUGGCCGCGACUGGCCCCUGGACUGGAUUGACAACAGAGCAGCAGAGCAGAACCAUAACAGCGACUGAUUCCCCCGAUACCAGCAGUGUGUUUUUCACCCGGGAUGCGUAUGACAAAUUCUCUCUCGCACCAAAUAUUAAAGAGUUAUGGAGCAUCCUUCACAGCCCAAAGGUAAAGGCAGAGUCGCAAGAAGUAGCUGAAGAAAAUAAAGAGCACUUGCCUCCUGAUCCACCACAGCUUGAUAGCGAUGACCCUUCAGAUGACGACAGUGACCAUGACUCGGAUGAAAACCCUCAAGUUAAAAUGAAUGCUCCCAAUAAAAACUCUGGAGAGAUGUUGAGUGGUCAAGCUGUUGCCUCAGCGCAUACGUUUCUGGAGCCCAGGAUGCCCUAUCCACGUUUCAGUGCCAUCAAAAAAACGGACCAUCACAAAUACAUGAAAUGGUUACUGAAAAGUCCCCACCUCCCACCACAGCAUGUAGUGCAGCAAAUCAGACAGGAGGUGUCAGAGUUCAUGGGGUAUCUGCAGGAGGUCGCCAGAACCUGUGCGGAGGACUACAACUACAUUUCCCAGGGUGCAGCCCAAUAUUGUGAGGAAUAUUUGAAAGCCUUUUAUGAUCAUAUGAGGACCUAUCCCCAGUUUUAUGUCCUUCAAGAAACUACCAGUCUUCUGGGGAAUGUAUAUAUGCCAAAUCUGUCAUUAAACACAGAGAAACAACUUCUUGCAAUGGGAAAACUUAAUGUUGGUGUCAAGAACAAUAUGCCUAAGAACGCUCAGCUGUCAGUUGACUAUGAUCACGUGAAGUCUACAAAUCCUCCAUCUAAAAAAGCAAGAGAUGUGCACAAGGCGGUCAGCAGCGACCAGACCGCGGAGAGGCUGAGCAACAAGUACGAGCCCGACGUGUGUCUGACCAGGGAGGCCCUCGUGCGGAUCCUGGACCAGAACGCAGAGUUCACCGAGGACUGGGAGAUACCGGUGUGGGUCAAGCUGAACUCUCUGACAGGUAAAAAGACCGUGUACAUUGACCCUCCUCUCCUGAAGAAGGACCUAACUGUGAGAGAGAAGAACCAUCUCUUCCAUGAGGAGAGCGUUAAAUUGCUAUUUAAGAACCCCAAACCUGUCUUCUUCCUCGUGACCGGCCAACUUAGCCCAGAAAAACGGCCUCAACCCAAGGAGGACCAGUUGAGGAAGCCUGUGGCUACAGAGAGCACGGGCUUUGAUUUCGAUGUGGAUUUCACAGAGCUGGAGUCUUUCGGAGAAUCCACGCCGUCGCUCAAGAAAAAGACGAGCCAAAGCACAACACAGAAAUCCGAAGCUCAGUCCUCUCAGCCUCACAACUCUCCCCAGGAACUCAGCUCCAGCGCACCACGCUCAAAGAAGCACCCCGCCAAAGAAGGGGCCCAGGGGGCCGACGCGGACUUGUCGUGGACGGACGUGGAGGAUGACCCCGCGGACCAGAGCGGGAGCGCUGAGAUGGACGCCCGGUCAGGGCACGGUCAUGACCACGUCCAUGCCAGCGCAGCGGAGCAGGAACAGGAAGCCGAGGAGUUGACCACGUCCAAGCGCAGCCGCUCGGCCUCGGAGUGCUCCGCCGACUCGGACGAGUCCAGGCUCUACAUCGACGACCUGCCCUCCUCCGGGUCAGCCGGCGCGUCGGCCAAGAAGCUCGCCCGCCCUCCUCCCCCGAGCAGAGCCCCCGCGGCCCCCCACCCCCUCUCUCCCCAGGCCGGCAGGACGGUCAAGAAGCCUCGUCUGGAGGGGCAGUGCGAUCAGCUGGGCCAGAUCCUCCGCAUGCAGAGCGCCAUGCUCAAGCCUCAGGCGGCCGGCGCAAGCGCCAGGGCUCCGGAGACGAACCGGCCGGCCGAGCCCCGUCCAGCGGAGACCCCCGGCCACAGCCUGGUCAAGUCCUCCGUCACCUCCUUCCUGGAGGGCAAGGAGAGAGAGGACGGUGCAGCCCACAGCGGUCCUGCUCUCACUGUGCAUCUCAACACCCCGCACAAGCGCAUGCUCCGUGAGGACCUGCAGAGCUGUGUGGAGGACGAGACGGACUUCGCGGCGGCGCUGGAGGGGAACGUGCUCUAUAAGCUGUACAGCCUCCACGACCUGCUGCUAUUGGUGCACUCGUCCGUCCCGCUGGGCCAGGGCAGGGCCCACCCCUCCUCCGGCUCCUUCUGCGUUGUGCCCAUGAAUGUGAUGCCAAAGCUGGAGUAUCAGCUGAGCUACGGGGCGGAGUGUGUGACCAGCAGUGAGGCCUGCAGACUCUGGGCGGACACUGUCCUCAACCCCAGCACCGAGUCUUAUAUAGCCCGUAUCAAUGCCCACACAUCAAAGCUGGUGGAGCUGGAGGGGCUGCAACCGAAUUGGAUGCAGAGCAUUUCCUGUGACUUCCACCCAGCCCGAUCCCUCAACAUCCUCCACCACGUAUUGAAAAAGGUCACUGGACUGGCAGAGGGGCGGUACCUGCUGAGCCACAGGUCCCACAUGCCCCACUUCACCAUCCUGAAGGCCUGUGAUGCCGUGGCGUCUGGCCGCAGCCCCUACGACCUGCAGGCGUCCUACAGCCAGACAGACUGCCCCCCCGCCAGGACCCCCAGCGCCGUCCCCUGGGUACCCGUGGACCCCCUCCACCUGCUGCCCUUCCACAGGCAGCGGCACAGGGUCCCCUGCACCUUCCCCCCAUUCGACUCCAGACACCCACAACCGGUUCCGGCAGAGCCGUGGAACCCCCACCAGAACAAGUCCAAGGCCCAGAAGAAGCAGUGGAGGAAGAUGCGGGAGGCCAAGCAGAGGCAGCAGAGGCAAGAGAAGCUAGAGAGGCAAGGGAAGCAGGCAGGGAACGGGGGGAAGAAGGGUGGUCAACAGAACAAGCGCAAAGGCAACCAGAGACCCAACUAAGGAGGAAGAAGUUUUCUUCUCGGUCUCAACCCUUGCACUUAAACUGACACUUGUAAUGUGCUGUAGAAAGAAACAGACUUAAACACGGAAAUUGAAAUAUGUGUUUUUUAUUUUAUGUAUUAUUUUGUAAAAAUAUACCAUAUGCACUGAAUUUUGAUACAGAUGUCUGUGAUAAUAACAAUAAAGUGAGAUGUUUUUGGA